GUUAAAUAAUUCUUUGAUAAAAGAGCCAAUGGGGAUGAUUGCCACGCCUUUAUUUUAGGGGUUGAAAAUAUCAGUAAGCUCUGUUGCACUGUAGGGGUGUUACAUAACAUCACAAAAUGGGCGUAACCUUUAAUAUGUUCAUCUGGGCAUCAAGUUACUAAACCUCCCAAUGAAUUUUUAUCAGUGACGAGAAAAUAUCUUUUACUUUUUUUCACCCUCAUAUCUGUUCAAGUCACCAAAGUUUACAGUUCAUCCAAAAGACUGCUUGAUCUCCUGACUGUGUUUGUUUAUAAUUCUAAUUUUUUAAAAAUUAUUUAUAUUUUUUUUUCAUUUGUUAAUAAAAAUAUCGUGAGUGCUUAUUAAAAAUAUAUAUUUUUAUUUAUUUAUUUAUUUAUUUAACGACGUUAAAAAAAUUGAAUAAAAGUGAGUUUUUUUGAGAAUGAUGAUGAGCCUUUCUGAUCAAGAGGUACCAGUUACAAGUUCAAAUACAAUGACUGAGGAAAAUUUUUCACGAUUAAGUGAACCAUUACACAGUGGAAUUGGUCAAAAUUAUUGUACAACAUAUUCAACUGAUAAAAAUCAUCAUGGUUCAAAUUUAUAUCCAGCUCCUGAAUUUAGACAAGAGACUUGGCUUCAAGAUGGAAGUAGUUGUGAAACUGAAGACAGUGAGCAAUAUGUUCCAGACUUUCAUCAUUUACCUGGAGUUAAACAAGAAACUACAACAAAUACACAGUGUAAACAAAAUAAUGAAGAUAAUUAUCAUUCACAAUAUUCUGGUAAUCAAGGACAAACUUUUCUUGAUCUUAGUCGUGCAACAACAUCAACAUGUUUUGGUAAAGUUAGUCCAAGAAAUAGUGAAGCGUCGCAAAAUAUUGCAGUUAAAAAAGAGCCGACGGAUAGAGGCUACAUUGAAUCAACUCAAAUUUCAACAAAUAUUUUAAAUUCACCAUCUCAAGAUGCAGAAACUGCAAGAAAUUUGAUAUACCAAAGACAACAUCAGUAUACAAAUAAUUUAUUAAAUACAAGUGAAAGAAGAGAGUCACCAACAUCAAGUAGACCAGCUAGUGCAUCAUCACCAACAUCACAAUGGUCACAAGUACAAUCAACAGUACCAUCAACAAAUACUGAUAAUGAUAAUUUUUUACCACGUUCUGAUACAUGGUCAUCAAGUGAUUAUUCAAAACGUUGUUCAACUCCAACAUGGACUGAGCUUGGUGCACAAACAGAUACAAGAAAUUCUAAUUGGGAACGACAAAAUUCUUGUUAUCAAAAAAAAAAUAAUUCUUCUACGUCUAAUUGGAAUCAAGAUUAUAUGAAACGAUCACCUUCUAGUACCAGUGUUAAUUCAUCUUGGAGUGAAGUUGCUGUUGGAUAUCAGCAACAAAGACGAGGAUCAUUACAACUGUGGCAAUUUUUAGUAGCUCUUCUUGAUGAUCCUGUAAAUGCUUCUUGUAUUGCUUGGACAGGUCGUGGCAUGGAAUUUAAGCUAAUUGAACCUGAAGAGGUGGCAAGAAGAUGGGGUGUACAAAAAAAUCGACCAGCAAUGAAUUAUGAUAAAUUAAGUAGAUCAUUAAGAUAUUAUUAUGAAAAAGGAAUAAUGCAAAAAGUUGCUGGUGAAAGAUAUGUUUAUAAAUUUGUUUGUGAUCCUGAGGCAUUAUUUAAUAUGGCUUAUGGUACUGGUGGUACAGCUACAACAAGUGAUAAUAAUAAUCAGUCUAGUAUUAUGCGAACACAUUCAAUAACAAAUAAAAAUACAACAUCAACAACAUCACCACCAAUAACAACAACAACAAUAACAUCAACAAGUGAUACAAAUGAUUCAAAAUCACCAAGUGGUGGAUAUGGAGAUGCAGUACUUGCAAUGUAUUCAAAUACUGCUGCUGUUUAUGGAUCAUCAAGUUUACAUCAUCUUCAUCAAUAUUUGGGUACAAAUGAUGGUUUUAAAACACCAACAACGCGAUAUCAUUCACAUCAUCCUCAUCAUCAGUACAAUGGUAAUUCAACUCAUCAUCAUCAUCAUUAUCAUCAUUCAACAUCACCAUAUACAGAUCCAUUUAUAAAUUAUGGACGACUAACAAGUCAUGAAUUUCCACUGGACAUUAGAACGCAGGACAUUGUUAAAUCAAGCUACGCCCACGAAGAGACAUCAAUGAGGGAAAAGGAUUUAUCUGUUACAUUUGAGACGGCGCAACGUACACAAUUGACAACUUCAAUAUCAACAAUACAAUCAUCAACAAUACUUGAAGUUCCAGCUUCUAAAAUUGAACAAACAUCUUAUACAUCACUUGGUGUUGAUAGUUGUGUUUGUUAAUUUUUAAAAUUUCAUAAUACAUAUAUUUAAUAAUUAUAUUAUAGUAAAAAAUUAUAUUGUAAAUAAUUAUUAAAUGUUAAAUUUAUGUUCUAGUCAAAUCCACGAGCUGUGCAGAUUAUUAAUCAUAAUAUUACAUAAUAAUUUUAAUGAAAAAAUAUGUAAAUAAAUAAAUAAAUGAAAAAGACUAAAAAUGAA